AUGUCGUCAUUUAUUGGGACAUUCAAUCAGAGCGCGGCCACCGACAACAACACGGAGUCUGUCUCGGUGGCUCGCGAGAUCAACAACCAUGAUCCCGCUCGCAGUAUGACCAGUUCAAACACUGCUCUUGACCAGCAUGAGGAUGUGGGCAAUGAGGAGGUUAUCGAAGCCGAAGUCACUCGCCUUGCGCGUCGAUUGACACGGGAAUCUACCCACUGGGCCGAAGGACACAAUACCUUUGUCGACGCUGACAAGGAUUCGACCUUGGAUCCUCAUAGUCCCAACUUCAAGGCUCGCAAUUGGAUGAAGAAUGUGCUUGCCAUCACCUCUCGUGAUCCCGAGCGAUAUCCUGCUCGCCAGGCCGGUGUCUCCUUUCGCAAUCUCAGUGUCCAUGGAUAUGGCAGUCCCACAGACUACCAAAAGGACGUCUUCAACUCGGUCCUACAAGUAGGUGCUCUCGCACGUAUGAUCACUGGCACAGGAAAGCAGAAGAUUCAAAUCUUGCGCGACUUUGCUGGUGUCGUCAAAAGCGGCGAGAUGCUUGUGGUUCUUGGUCGUCCUGGAUCUGGCUGUUCCACUUUCUUGAAGACCUUGGCUGGUGACAUGAAUGGUAUUUACAAGGAUGACAAGACCUACAUGAACUACCAGGGUAUUUCCGACAAGCAGAUGAGAAACCAAUUCCGUGGCGAGGCGAUCUACACGGCCGAGACUGAUGUCCACUUUCCCCAACUCACUGUUGGCGACACCCUCAAGUUCGCUGCUUUGGCUCGUGCGCCCCGCAACCGCCUUCCUGGAGUCACUCGUGACCAAUACGCUGAGCACAUGCGCGAUGUGGUUAUGGCGAUGCUUGGUCUCUCGCAUACUAUCAACACUCGCGUCGGCAAUGACUUUGUGCGUGGUGUCUCUGGUGGUGAGCGCAAGCGUGUUUCUAUCGCCGAGGUCGCUUUGUGUGCCAGCCCUCUCCAGUGCUGGGACAACAGUACCCGUGGUCUGGAUAGUGCCAAUGCGUUGGAAUUCUGUAAGACUCUAGGACUGAUGGCCAAAUAUUCUGGAACGACCUGUGCGGUUGCUAUUUAUCAAGCCUCACAAAGUGCCUACGAUGUCUUUGACAAAGUCACCGUCCUCUACGAAGGUCGCCAGAUCUACUUUGGCCGCACUACUGAUGCCAAAGCUUUCUUCACCGACAUGGGUUUCGAAUGCCCCGAGCGCCAGACCACAGCCGAUUUCCUGACCUCUUUGACCAGUCCCGCUGAGCGCGUCGUCAAGCCAGGAUAUGAAAACUUGGUGCCUCGCACUCCCGACGACUUCGCCGCCGCCUGGAAGAAUAGCCAGGAAUACAAGGCCCUUAUGCGUGAGGUCGAAGAGUUUGACCAGGCUUACCCUCUCGGAGGCGACUCGCUGCAGAAGUUCGUCGAUUCCCGUCGCGCUAUGCAGGCGAAGCACCAGCGCGUCAAGUCUCCGUUCACUAUCUCUGUCUGGCAGCAAGUCAAGCUCUGCAUGCACCGUGGGUUCUUGCGUCUCAAGGGAGAUGCUAGUCUGACCCUCAGUCAGCUGAUCGGUAACUUCAUCAUGGCUCUCAUUAUCGGCUCUGUUUUCUUCAAUCUUGCAGAUACCACCGAAAGUUUCUACUCCCGCGGUGCGCUCUUGUUCUUCGCUGUCCUUCUCAACGCCUUCUCAAGUGCACUGGAGAUCUUGACUCUGUAUGCGCAGCGGCCAAUCGUCGAAAAGCAGGCUCGCUACGCAAUGUAUCAUCCUUUUGCCGAAGCCAUCGCAUCCAUGCUCUGUGACAUGCCCUACAAGCUCCUCAAUGCCGUGACUUUCAAUGUGACCCUCUACUUCAUGACGAACCUGCGUCGCACUCCCGGCGCAUUUUUCACGUUCCUGUUGUUCUCAAUCUUCACGACCUUGACAAUGUCAAUGAUCUUCCGGACCAUCGCAGCUAGCUCUCGAACGCUCUCCCAGGCUCUCGUACCAGCGGCUAUUUUGAUACUGGGUUUGGUCAUUUACACCGGGUUUACCAUUCCGCCUCGCAACAUGCUCGGCUGGUCUCGAUGGAUGAAUUACAUUGAUCCGAUUGCGUACGGCUUCGAGUCGCUGAUGGUCAAUGAGUUUCACAACCGUUGGUUUGACUGUCUCCCACAGUCAAUGAUCCCUACUGGCCCUGGAUACACGAACGUUCCGGCAGACAGCCAGAUCUGUUCUGCCAAGGGUGCUCGUGCUGGCGCCACGCGAGUCUUCGGCAACGACUACCUUGCCGACAGCUUCCAGUACUACAACAAGAAUAAGUGGCGCAACCUUGGUAUCAUGAUUGCGUUCAUGAUCUUUUUCAUGACCACCCACUUGCUUGCGACAGAGUACAUUUCUGAGUCAAAGUCGAAGGGUGAGGUUCUGCUUUUCCGCCGUGGUCACGCUCCCAAGCGCUCCACCAACGAAGAUGACGUUGAGCUGGAUAACGUCGUGGCUCCUGGCCAGAAGACCAAUGACGCCGGCAGUCAAGAAGUCUCUGCUGCCAUCCAGCGCCAGACUGCCAUUUUCCAGUGGAAGGACGUCUGUUACGAUAUCAAAAUCAAGAAAGAGGAGCGUCGGAUUCUUGAUCACGUCGAUGGAUGGGUCAAGCCUGGUACCUGCACUGCUUUGAUGGGUGUAUCUGGUGCUGGUAAAACCACUCUACUGGAUGUCCUUGCCACUCGUGUUACAAUGGGUGUCGUCACCGGUGAGAUGCUUGUUGAUGGACGCCCCCGCGACCAGUCAUUCCAGCGCAAGACCGGUUACGUCCAGCAGCAGGAUCUUCAUCUUUACACAACGACCGUUCGUGAGGCUCUGCGGUUCAGUGCUAUCUUGCGUCAGCCCGCCAAUGUCUCCCGACAAGAGAAACUAGACUACGUUGAAGAAGUCAUCAAGUUGCUGGGGAUGGAAGCUUAUGCCGAUGCCAUUGUCGGUGUUCCCGGUGAAGGUUUGAAUGUUGAACAACGCAAGCGCCUAACAAUUGGUGUCGAGCUCGCUGCAAAGCCGCAGCUCCUUCUUUUCCUCGACGAACCAACUUCCGGUCUUGACUCUCAGACAUCCUGGUCUAUUCUUGAUCUCAUUGAUACCUUGACCAAGCAUGGUCAGGCUAUUCUUUGCACAAUUCAUCAGCCCUCCGCCAUGCUCUUCCAGCGCUUCGAUCGUCUUUUGUUCCUCGCCAGAGGUGGCCGAACCGUCUAUUUCGGCGAUAUUGGCGAGAAGUCAUCCACUCUUGCUGAAUACUUUGAACGCAAUGGCGCCUCCAAGCUGCCUAUUGACGCGAAUCCCGCUGAAUGGAUGUUGGAGGUCAUUGGUGCUGCUCCUGGCUCCCAUACUGAUAUUGAUUGGCCUGCAGUCUGGCGUGAAAGCCCUGAGCGAAAGGCCGUUCAUGCUCACCUGGAGGAGAUGAAAGCCAACCUCUCGCAGAAGCCUGUCGAAGACGCUAGCACAAGCCCGGAAAACUACAAGGAAUUCGCUGCGCCUUUUGGAGUCCAGCUCUACGAGUGUCUUACUCGCGUCUUCAGUCAGUACUGGCGUUCUCCAGUAUACAUUUAUUCCAAGGCCGCCCUUUCCAUUUUGACGGCUCUCUACAUCGGUUUCUCCUUCUUCCAGGCCCAGAACUCUGAACAAGGACUGCAGAAUCAGAUGUUCAGUAUCUUCAUGCUGAUGACCAUCUUCGGAAACCUGGUGCAACAAAUCAUGCCUCAUUUCGUCACUCAACGGUCGUUGUAUGAAGUCCGCGAGCGUCCCUCCAAGACCUAUUCUUGGCAAGCGUUCAUGACUGCGAAUAUCUUGGUUGAGCUUCCAUGGAAUACUCUGAUGGCUGUCUUCAUCUACGUUUGCUGGUACUUCCCCAUCGGUCUGUAUCGCAAUGCUGAAGAGGCCGGUAAUCUCCAUGAGCGUGAAGGCUUGAUGUUCCUGCUUAUUUGGUCCUUCUUGCUCUUCACCUCGACCUUUGCGCACAUGAUGAUCGCCGGUAUCGACCUCGCUGAGACCGGUGGCAACUUGGCCAAUCUGCUGUUCUCACUCUGCUUGGUGUUCUGUGGUGUCCUCGCCACCCCUGCUCAAAUGCCCGGUUUUUGGAUCUUUAUGUACCGUGUCUCUCCAUUCACAUACCUGGUCUCUGCCAUGUUGUCGACCGGUGUUUCCGGCGCGACUGUCACCUGUGAGGCCGUUGAAUACCUUCACUUCCAGCCCCCUAGCGGCAAGACUUGCAUCCAAUACAUGGAGCCCUACAUCAAGAUGGCCGGAGGUUAUCUUGAGAAUGAGAAUGCCACAAGUGACUGCUCGUUCUGUACCAUCAAGUCGACGGACGUCUUCCUUGCCUCCGUGACCAGCUACUACAAGGAUGCGUGGCGCAACUUUGGCAUCAUGUGGGUCUACAUCAUCGUCAACAUCUUCUUGGCCGUCGGUAUUUACUGGCUUGCUCGGGUUCCCAAGGGUAGCCGCAGCAAGAAGGAGAAGAAAGAAUGA